GCCCUGGAGGGUGGAGCCGGGCGGCCGGCGUGGGCGGGGCCAGAGGGCGGGGCUCCUGGCGGACUUGUUAAAGCUCCACCCUUCUGUUCUGGAGUGUUCGGAGCUGCGGGUCACCGAGGAGAAAAAUGGCACUGAAACAAGUUUCCAGCAACCGGUGCUUUGGAGGACUGCAGAAGGUGUUCGAACAUGACAGUGCUGAGCUGAAAUGUAAAAUGAGAUUUGCUGUCUACCUACCACCGCAGGCAGAGAGUGGAAAGCGUCCUUCACUCUACUGGUUGUCCGGUUUAACUUGCACAGAACAAAACUUCAUUUCAAAGUCUGGCUAUCAGCAAGCUGCCUCAGAACAUGGCCUUGUCGUCAUUGCUCCGGACACCAGCCCCCGCGGCUGCAAUAUCAAAGGAGAAGAUGACAGCUGGGACUUCGGCACCGGUGCUGGCUUUUACGUGAAUGCCACUGAAGAGCCCUGGAAAACUAACUACAGAAUGUACUCUUAUGUAACAGAGGAGCUUCCACAACUCAUAAAUGCCAAUUUCCCAGUGGACCCACAGAGGAUGUCUAUUUUUGGUCACUCCAUGGGAGGCCAUGGAGCUCUGAUUUGUGCUUUGAAAAAUCCUGGAAAAUACAAAUCUGUGUCAGCAUUUGCUCCAAUUUGCAACCCAGUGCUCUGUCCUUGGGGCAAAAAAGUUUUUAAUGGAUAUUUGGGACCGGAUGAAAAUAAAUGGAAGGCAUAUGAUGCAACUUGUCUCGUGAAGUCCUGUUCGGGGUCCCAGAUUGACAUAUUAAUUGAUCAGGGAAAAGAUGACGAGUUUCUCUCAAAUGGGCAGUUGCUCCCUGAUAACUUCAUAGCUGCCUGCACGGAAAAGAAAAUCCCUGUUGUUUUUAGGCUACAAGAGGGCUAUGAUCAUAGCUACUACUUCAUUGCGACCUUCAUCGCUGACCACAUCAGGCAUCACGCAAAAUACCUGAAUGCAUGAAAAGCUUCAGACAAGAGAAUCUCAUCAGGAUUAUAAAAGUUGAAAUAAACAGAAUCGCUGAGUAAAAGAUUUUGCAUUCUCUCAAAAGAUCAUUCUCCUGCAGCUGAAUCACUUUUCUGAAUAAAUGUAUCAAAUUUUCUAGUUUAA